AUGCAGCAAAUUACAUACAAGCACCUCCCCGGCCCCGUGGGCGACUGCCUCAAACCAGCCAGCUAUGCCACUACGGCUACAGUUCCCGUAUCCCCCACCGCAUCCCUCGUCUAUACGACCGGCCAUAUCGGACUCCGACUCGACACCGCAGAGCUCGUCCACGAAUCGCUUGAGGCAGAAUUUAAGGCUAUUUUCACCUGUCUGGACGCGGCAUUGAAGAACGCCGGUGCCAUUCGCGGCCUCGCGCAGGCUUAUCGGUUUACAAGCUACCUUGUCCGAGCAGAGGAUGAGGCCGUUAUGCAGAGUGUGUUUCGGCGAAUGGCUCCUGGUCAUACGCCAACCUGGUGCAGCGUUUUGGUCAAGGAGAUCAAUGUAAAGGGGAUGAGUGCUGAGAUUGCAGCGGAGGGAGUGGUUUAUUCUGGUGAUUGGUGCUCUUGUACUUUGCCCUAUAAUUGA